GAGGGAGUUUGAGUUGCUCUGCACCCGAGGUUGUUCGAAUAUGUAGUUAAAAAUCGUUAGAAAGUAAAUGGAUGGCGAAAUGGAUAAGACACCGAGACUUCAAAGUUUCCCCAAGUCGGUUUUCGUGAAUCCUAUAAUGUUCCAUAAUUUGGAAAAUGAAUACUGGCUUAAAAAAUGCUCUUCACAUCCUGAAUACGGACUACUUAAGCCUUCUGAAGGUGAACAAUCGCGUCCCAUAAGAUCUUUUUCUCCACAAAUUUUACGGGAGUUUCAUAUUUUGUUGGCUGAAUGGAGAUCAGAAGCUCGUGAACUUGUGGCGUGUAUGAAAGAGAAAGAAAGACAAUCUGUUUUAGCUUCAGUUGGUAUUCAGGCAUUUUCUGAGGAUGUUCUGUCUCAAAAGAACAUGGACAUGCCCGGUGAUCUCAACAUCAAAAAGAUGUCACAAAGAAACCUUUCUACUUCUGCUGUGUCGUGGAGGAAUUCAAGCUUUGCUUCUGGUAUGCGUAAACGAAAAUCAACUCAAUUAAUUCGUGGCAAUCGAUCUUCAAAAUUCGGUCGUCCAUCCAAUUAUCCUCCGAAUUCAUCAUGGUCGCGAAAACAUUGUUACAAUAAUUCAUUACUAAAACGGCGUGAUAUAAACAAACCAUCCAUUCCAGCUGAAAAUCUGAAAAGGACCACACAUACUGACAACAAAUCCCAAUAUCUAGAUGAAGACGAUGAUGAGGAAGAAGACCAGUUGACUGCUAUAGUUUCUCGCCAACGUCAAGCAUUUUCUGCGCGUGCUGCUGCUGGUCGUCCAAGUAUACGUAAAAUACAGUCAGAUCUUCAAGUCAAAUCUGGUGAUGCCGUCUUAAGCACAGUCUCUAGUGUUCCAGCAGCUAGGAGACUUUCAGCUAAAGUGUUACGUGCGUGGAAAUCUUUGGCUAAAAAGAUAAUUUGUAAGGUGGCAAGGCAACGUGGUACUAAUCGUCGAGAUAAGAUAAUCCUAGCAAAACGCGCUGCUCGUGAGUGCGCACGUUUGUUACGUCAAAAGGCAUUGCUUUCCCAAAAAGCUGCUAGAGAUUCAAUAAGUCGUGGACAUCGUCUUUCACGCGAAAUUGCAUCUAACUGGCGUAGCUCAACUUCGAGUACAGCUAAUGGUUCUGGUCCACUUACAAUCAAUGGUGUAACUAUACCAUCCAAUUCUAAUAUUACUCAUUUCUCUUCACUUAUGGAUUUACCUGAUUAUUACACUUCUGCCCGCCCAGAAAGUGGAGGUUUAGAGUUGAACAUGUCUACUUCAGUGAUGGAAUCAAGUACAGCUAUACGUCGACGAGCAGAGAAGGCUGCAGCUGAACAACGUAAAGCCGACUUAGAACUUUUGGAGGCAAGAAGACAACAACGAAAACUGAAUUUCUUGAUUACACAAACAGAAUUAUAUGCCCAUUUCAUGGCGAAAAAGAUGGCAGAUGUCAACUCAGGUAAUUGCAAAUCUGAAGAUAUACGUGGUCCUGAAAAUGUUGAAUCAGUAUCUGGUAAUGUGAUUCAAGAAGACGAUAGUCAAGAAAUCGAAGCUCAAAGAAUCUUACGUCGACUUGAAGAAAUGGAUGAUGAUUCUGUAGAAACAAAAACUAACGAUGAAGGAAUUGAUACUGGUUCUGACAUAUCUGUUCCAUGUGAUCCCAUUCAGAAUGAUCAAGAUUCUGUUGGUAUAUCGACUGGAUCUACACACCGAAAAUCAUACAGCUCAAUAGCUGUAGCUGCAAAAGCUGCAGCUUGUCGGUUGGGUAUUAAUGUUGAAGAAGAAUAUGAUAUUGAACAAGCGAAAUCCGAAGCUUUAAUGAAGGUCAAAGCAGCUGUUACAACUGAACGUAAUCGUGUAUCACAGUUUCAUAGUGGAACUGCAACAAAUCCCAAUUUAAACGCCCCUGUUCAUAAUAAUACAGACUCUAGUACAACUACACAAAUUGAAACACCAAAGUUAUUUAAAGGUCAGUUAAAAGCUUACCAGGUCCGUGGUUUGAACUGGCUGCUUGGUUUGUUCGAUCAAGGUAUCAAUGGGAUAUUAGCUGAUGAAAUGGGCCUAGGGAAAACUGUGCAAACAGUUGCAUUUCUUGGUUGCCUUGCGGAAAAUUACAACAUUUGGGGUCCAUUUUUAAUCGUUACUCCAGCUUCAACACUGCAUAAUUGGACACAGGAAUUUGCUAAAUUCCUUCCAGCUUUUCGUCUAGUCCCUUAUUGGGGUACACCAACAGAGCGUAAAGUUCUACGCCGAUUUUGGUCAUCUACACGUUCCUCUAAUGCAGAAUCUUUUGAUGAAUCUGGUGAUAUUAAUCCUGGACAAGCUGGAACUAAGGAUUCUCAACUUCAUGUAGUUAUAACUAGUUAUCAAGUUGUUUUGCAAGAUGCGAAAUUCAUUAAUAAAACCGCAUGGUCCUACAUUGUUUUAGAUGAAGCACAUGCUAUUAAAAGUACAUCAAGCUUACGAUGGAAAAUCCUGUUAUCUUUUAAAUGUCGAAAUCGUCUUUUACUCACUGGAACUCCAAUUCAGAAUACAAUGCAAGAAUUAUGGGCAUUAUUACAUUUUAUUAUGCCUACAUUAUUUGAUUCACAUGAUGAAUUUGCUAAUUGGUUUUCACGUGAUAUUGAGUCUCAAGCCAGUGUUACAGCUAGAACUGGUGGUGGAGGAGCAGCGGGAGGAGGAAGUAUCGUUAGUAGCAGUGGAACUGGAUCUUUAAUAACUUCAAAAUUGAAUGAAAAUCAAUUGUCACGUUUACAUUUAAUUUUAAAACCAUUCAUGUUACGUAGAACAAAAACUGAAGUUGAACAUGAAAUAUCUACUAAGACUGAGAUUAUGUUAUAUUGUCCAUUAAGUCAUCGACAACAAAUAUUGUAUGAACGAUUACGUAGUAAGAUUCGUCUUGAAGAUCUUAGCUCCAUCAUGUCUGCGAAUGGAAUAUCAGAUAGUUUUUCAUCGAAUUUGGAUAAUACUAAUGCAUUGUCAUCGUCUUCGUCAGCUACAGCCCAUUUAAUUAAUUUAGUGAUGCAGUUAAGAAAAGUAUGCAAUCAUCCAGAUUUAUGGGAACGUCGUGAUGUUCGUUUCUCUUGUAUAACUGGUCAAAUGGAACCGAAUAGUUGUCGAUUCUAUAAUUCAGAUAUUAAGUAUAAUGCUUACAAUAACAAUCGUAAUCAAUAUGCAAUGUGGAGGCUUCCAAAUUUACUGUACGAAGAUGACGCUUUGUCAUUAUUUAGUUGGAGAGCUAAAAGUUUGAACAGUCUAUUUUCUCUAUGUCCGAUAUCUUUAUAUGACUGUUAUUCAAUAUGUUUAUUUAUCAUUAUUGCAAAGUAUUUCUAUCUUCAUCAUCCUUGUUAUAUACAUGAGGACUUAUGGCAUCAUGACAAUGAGGAACCAGAUUUAGGACCAAGCUGUAUAGUGAAUCAAAGUAGGCCAUGUACAAAUUACCCAUCUAAAUGCUUUUCAUUCACCCGCCUAUUAGGUUUAUCUGUUAAUGAAUAUGUAAAAAUUAUUCAAACUGGGGGUUUUUCACACUCCGAUUCUCAAACUAUUUCUCAUAGCCACUCGGCACGUAUUAUAAUAAGCAACUAUUUCAAUGAAGAUAUUACAAUGAGUAAAAACGCUUCUGGUUUAUUACAGCUGAAUUCAUUAUUCCCUAUGAGUCAUGUGCAUACUUCUCGUCAUUCAGUUGCACAAUUAGUUUAUCUGCAAGGUCUUCUCCUUCGUCAAGUUGAAUAUGAAUCGUCUACCACUGUAUCGAAUGUACCAUCAGUUUUCAUUCAUUGUCCUGGAAUAAGACCUUAUAUUCCGAACUUUGUCUCAGCUGCAACGACUCACAAAGUAUUAAUUAAUCCACUUAAACCGUUUGUAAAUACAUGUAAUUAUGAUACAUCACAUGUUUAUUCAUUAUCGUACAAUGUGACCAUCCCAUUGCCUAGAAGUCUGGAGCUUGUUUCACGUGCUACACGCAUUUCAGAUUCUGGUAAAUUAACUACAUUAGAUAACCUUCUUUCUGAGUUGAAAUCAAAUGGACAUCGUGUAUUAAUUUAUUCACAAAUGACACGUAUGAUUGAUAUAUUAGAGGAGUUUAUGUUAUAUCGUAAACAUGCUUAUCUACGAUUAGAUGGUUCAUCACGUUUAUCCGAUCGUAGAGAUAUGGUUGCUCAAUGGCAGACUAAUCCGCGUUGGUUUGUAUUCUUACUGUCAACUCGUGCUGGUGGCCUUGGUAUUAAUUUAACUGCAGCUGAUACAGUUAUAUUUUAUGAUUCUGACUGGAAUCCAACUGUAGAUCAACAAGCAAUGGAUCGUGCACAUCGUCUAGGUCAAACAAAGCCUGUAUGUUUCUUUUAUACUUUUAUAUCUUUACGCUCGUAGUUUUUUCACUAUUUUAAACGGACUGAAUAUUUUUUUAGAAAGUGUGUCAAAAGAUCAAUAUCUAACUUAAAGAAAACUACUUCAUGUAGAUCACUAUCACAAUAUUUAAAUGAUGAAGAUCAUUUACAGCUCAGAUAUAUGUUUUACUGAUGUAAAAAUCUCUAAGCUAGAUGGUUUAAUUGGGUAACUUUCACUGUUGUUCUAGAUAACGUCAUCAGCGCUUGCUUUAUUAAGAAGUGAACAUUUAAGUUAAACCGUGAGUCUUAAAUCAAUUUUUUCCAGUGGCCUUGAUUGUAAUUGGUUAUCCUUAUAGGUGACAUUGUCUUCAAUUAUUCAUGUAUUCGAGUUGACUACUUUGUUCUGUGACGAUUCAUCGAGACAAAAAACACUGUGCCAAAGAUGAAAUUAUUGAGGACUAAAUUAAGUCUUGGAUUCCCUUCAUGUAGAAAUUUCAGUGUCGAUUAACGGGAGCCAAGGUUUUUUUUAAUGAAUGUAGUUAACGACAGAAAACUAGAUAUCAUAGAAUAUUGGCCUGAGCAAGCUAGAAAUUUCUUCUCAGAACCAUUUUACUAACUGAUUAACUAUUGAGAGAUUUGAUAUAAUAAGGAAAUCCAUCUUAAUUUGUUAUGUGGCAUGUUCACCAAAUUUAAUACUAACAAAUGCUUAGCAAAAGGUGUCUAAAAUCAACCAAUGGAUCUUCGUUUCUCUUCAUUGCAUCAAAUCAAUUUAGGAUAACAAUUGAAAUGUUGAACCAUCAUUAUUUCUCAUCUGGUCCUCUAUAGCAUCACCAAAUAUAAAAAAAGUGUUAUCAGUGUUCAUUCAUUUAUUACUUAUAAUUUUAUAUUUCAGGUUACAGUUUAUAGGCUUAUCUGUAAAAAUACAGUCGAAGGUCGUAUGUUGCGUCGUGCAGAAGAGAAACGUGCCAUGCAACAAAUGGUAAUCCAAUCAGGUCAAGAAGGAUUAAACAAUUUAUUGUCAAAUGUAACAAAUUCGUCAAGUCCCACAGAACAUAUGACUUCAUCUGAUAUGGUUUCUUUGUUACUUGAUGAUGAUGAGUUGGUAAAACGGUUAGUUUAUUGUUGGCUGCUAGUUGCGCCUUGAUACAGUUCUAAAUACUCACGUUUUUGCUAAUUAUUCACCUAGACAAAUUUCAUAUCUCUCAAUGUUCAUGUUAAAUACGAAAAACCACCAUACGGACAUAACAGCCAUUGUGUUCCAGCUAUAUCUGAUAAUUCAUUGACUUAAGCUACACAAAUUCAGGAUCAUCCAUACAGCCGUGAUGAACUAGCAGACGGUAAUUUAACAUAAAUUCCAUGGUCAUUGCGUUAUGUCUUGUAAACCGAUUGUAUGUUGUCAAAGCAUAUAUACUAGUAAUAGAGAUACUAGAAUGAAAGGUAUCCUAUGCAAAUAAACCUUUGGUGCCAUAGUGACACAAUAUCCUCGCAAUUGACGUUAUUUUUCCCGCCAAGCCUUAUUACCUUCUAAGAUGUGAUUACGCAUAACCUAUUAAUGGUACAUGGUCACUUAUUAAGAUUAUUUGACAGAAAAUGUUUUGUCUCUAUAGCUUUGCCAUAUCUCAUUUAUCUAUUUGAAAUAGACGAUCAUUUCCCUUAUUUUUGACCAUUUUCAUAUUACGAUAAUAAUUAAUGUUAAUGUAUUUUUCUGAUUUAGACUUCAGAUACGUAGACGGUUACAACCUCAACGUGGUCGUCCAGCUAAGAACCAGGCAUCCAAAAGACUAAUAGCCUCUGAAACUGUAAGUAAUUUUUCAAAUGCUAACGCUGAGGCACAUGUAACUGGACAACCAUCAUCAAGUGGUUUCAAUUCCACAAAAUCAAUUUCGCAUCCUCAGGGCGUAUCAGAUAUCAGUACUGUUGAUGAAGAUUUGCUUGAACGAAAACGUCAAGCGGCUUGGGCUGAACAAGUAAGCCUCAAUCACAAUUGUUUCUUCAAUAAGUUUUGUGUGUAAUGUUAUGAGGUAGAUACCGUCCAAGUGCCAGUUCCCUCCAGUGUUCUUGGGCAAUCAGAUAGUAAACUGACUGACUUUCGCUGCUUUCCCAGUAUUUCUCAUUGUCCUCGAUUAAUUAAUUUUUAUGACAGAAGUAGGAAUGUGAAAGUUCCAUCUUUUUUAGCUUAAAAUCACACAUUUUGUAGUCCAAAUUAAAACACCAAGUUAGUACAAGAAACCGUCUAAUGAUGCCCAGUUAUUUAGAAUACUUGUAUAGAUGCUCUCCUGUUAGCAGGAAUAGUCUACAAUGAAAUAACUGUUGGUCCCUACUAUAAAAUAUAACAACUUGUUUCGCUCCAUGUAUUUUUUUCAGCCUCGUGGGGGCCGCACUAAAAAGAUCCGCCCAAUGGAAUCAAUCGGGCCGGCGACCAUUUCCUCAAUUGACACCUCUGUAACAAAUUGUGAUAAUGAUAAUAAUUCUAAUAGUAGUAGUAACAACACGACAUAAAUGCUGAUUGGAAUAGGGAUUAUUUUGUCAUUAUCAUUGUUAUAUUCUUUUGCCGCCAUUAAUAUCUUGUCAAAAAUUCUUCUCGGUUUUAUUAUUACCACAAACCAGAUGAUUUUGUAAUGCAUUUCCAUAAUUUUCUGAGCAAAUAAAUGUAUAUAAAGAAAACGUACCGCUUAAAUUAGUGUAUUUUUUAUUGACAAUUCGAUGUUUUGUAUUACAAAAAUGAAAAGGAACUUAUGGGUACAGCAUAUUAAGUACCCUAUAUUUUCUUCGUGUACCUUCAGCCUAUUACCGACUUUUUCAAAAUGGAAAUUUUAAAGUGAUACCGUCAAUAUAUGCUAUAAAUUUUACUGUCUCUUUAAUAUGUACAUUUAGAUAACAUGACUAUUGGUUUUUCUUUCAGUCUAUUUCAAAUAAAGAAUCAUGAUAAUAAUGGAAAAUAUGAACACUUUUAAUUUCUCUGAUUUGUAGAUUUCUGCUAAAUAAUGAUAGAAAAACAAACUAUUUAUUUGUCAAUAAACAUCCAUAUUUAUUAGUG